AAGACGGCAACGUUCAUUACUUCCUACAUGGCUGCUGUAACCGGUAAUAAUGGUUUAAGGACUUUUCAACUAAAUCAACUUCAGUUAUCAUAAAUACCUCUCCGAUCGUAAUCAUUUACUUCAGCAAUUUUAAGUUUAAUUAUAAAAGUGAUUUUUGGGAUGUAAGCUCUUGAGUAAUGUCACUAUUUCAAAUUUUAAAUGAUGGAAGCUUACUGCUUAUACUUGCUUGUUUGAUAAUGUGAGGAGUGCUGAGUCUUCAUGUGUUUUUGUUCCUGCGUGCUUAAAUCGAUCGAUAAAAUACUCAAUAAGUAAUGGACGCAAGAAAUAGCUGAUUAGGAAUCUUAAUUGUAAAGUGUAAACGCAUAAACGUGCGUCGUACAUUCCGGCAGUGGCUGCUUUGAACCCUCAACCGAAGUUCUGUUGCAAGCAAACAUACAUUUUUCCAUCUAUUGUCCAUCACUGCAUGUUCUCGAGGAUUCUAGGACUUUCACAGAUUGCUUUCCCAUGAGAUUGGAGCCAAGAAAGAAUGCUGAGCCACCGAUAGCCUACGCUUGAGCAUACACACUGAUCACCAGGUUGCAACGUAAACAGGGAAUCAUGCAGCACAUAUAUUUGGAGCCCAAUAAAGAGCUCCUAGAUCCUACAUUCAAUGGGUACAAACUUUCCCUGGAACCUGUACCUGUGCAUGAAUCUGCGCUGCCAGUUGAAGUGGAGCACAUUCUCCCUAACGAUGACCAGUACUCUUUUCUUCACAUGCGGCUGUUCAGUUUGCACAAUCAUCUUUUUAUUGACCAAUGGAAUAAUCAGUAUGUAUAUUUCUUCAACAAACACAGGGAAGUGGUCUGCAGUGUUCUGAACAAAAUAUCUGGCAAUCUUACUGGUGUUGUUAAAGUAUGUCAAUUCCUGGAUACCAUGCCAUCUAAACCAUUGGUAAAUCCUUCGCUCAGCUUUGUUUCUGAAGAACUUGCCCUUGCAUCAGAUGGCUGCAAAAAAUUGUAUCUUCUGCACACUGGCCUCCGUGAAUCAGAUGCUCAAAGUUGGAAUGUCUUAUUUGAGGAAGAGAUCAUGGCAGAAGAAAUCGGUUUCAUUAUUUUGGACAGUCAAAAUUCAAGGACACAAAGAGAAAUCUCUUGUGUUCUCUUGUCAGUUGUUGAUAGUAAAUCUAUGGAACUCAGAACUGAAUCCUCUAGCGAAGAUGCAUCAAAAUUUGUUUCCUUUCUAAAUGUCAUAACUUUGGCUGCUGAUGAAAACCAAAGAUGGGCUUUAAAAAGUAAGAAACAGUUGCAUUGUACUGGAGAAAUUGAGUAUGCUGCUGUGGAGAAAGAUUUGUCCCACCUUUGCACUAUCUCUAAAGAAUCUCUUCAUUUUUCGUUUGACUCUGAAAGACCAGUUCUGGCGGAACACCAGGCAGAAGAACCUAAUCAGAAUGGUACAAAGAAGGUUGAGUAUUAUUGGCAGCAGACAUCAGAUGAUAUAACUAUCUGGUUCAAUAUCCCUAGUGACACUUUAAGUAAUCAGAUCUCUGUCAACGUUCAAGAUUCAGAACUAAAAGUUAAGUGUGUUGAUAGGGUCCUACUACAGGGCUCUCUGCACAGCAGUGUCUCUGAAAAUUUAACCACAUGGACCCUUGAUAAAAACAAAUUGGAAGUGAACCUCUCCAAGUAUGAAUUAGGACUAAUGUGGCCUUGCGUUAUCAGGAAUAAUUUAAAUGGUGAAGAGAUAAUGGAUCCAGAGCUUGUUCAAGAAAUUCAUGAGAGACUGGCUCAUUUGUGUUCAGAGACUGAGGUGAAGGCCAAAGACAUCGGCGACAUGUGUGCUCCAACAUUUAACAUGGACCAACUAGAAGAGUGUGACGCUAUUAGUAACGACUCAAGGCUGUUGUCAAGAAUAAAUACAUCCUCUCACGCCUUCACGCAUCAGGCCUCUCUAAGUGGUUCCAAGUGGCUUUUUAAUGGAUUUGUUUCACCUGACCAAGGACAAGGCUUUUGUCUCCGUCAUGAUGUAGAUGGUUGCUUCUGGAUUCCCAAAGCAGACUCUAAUAGUGGCUGGAAGUGUGAACACAUCGCCACAUUCCUAGCCCUUGGCUAUGUUCAAGCAUCAAAGCAACAGAAAAAGUUCAUCGUUUGUCCUCCUGAUUUCUCAUACGCAGCCAUUUGUGAAACUACUCGUCACGUUUAUUUGUACAAGCAGUCUUGUUCAGUCAGCAGUGAAUUGAGAAAUCGCAAAACUGGCUCUAGGAUUGGCGCAGUAGCAAAGCAACACCUGAUAAAUCUGCCAUCCAGUGAAGAGGUUCUUGGAGUCCAAGCAAAUGAAAAAUCGCUUUUUGUGCUCACAACGGCUCAUCUAUACAGUCUGAAUAUCGUCUGAUUGUCCGGUAUUUUGUGAUCUAUGCAUGUUAUUUCAUAAUUUUGUGAAAUAUUUUUUUUCGGUGCUGGAAAGGCUCCUGCCAAAGUACCCAACAUUACAUUGAUCACUACCUCUUUGUUGCAUUCAAAUAAUAAAAGCUACCUGUUUUCUGGAUCGAGCAGAUCGUAAACUACUUUGUUAUAUACAUGGAAGUAUCAAGUAGUGAAUGAGACACAGGUUUCUACAAGCUAGGAAAUGCUCAACAAAGCAUCAUUAAUUCGCAAAGCCUUAGAGGUCAUACUCAUAGGAGCUUAACUUGAGUAUGAUAUUACUUUUUUUUUUUUUUUAAUAAUCUCAUUCUCUUUUAUUCUCUCCAUAUCUUUGGCUGUAAAGACUGUUUCUUGAUUUCUUGAACGUUAACUAUUUUACUGAAUUGCUCUCAUCUUACCUGCGCCCUUUCUGUCUAAUGAGUUUGUGCCCAUUCGUGAAGAUGCCAAUACUGCCACAACCACUAUCACUAUUAAUACUGUUGGAAUUCGAGGUUUGAGUAUUUUCAUUUUUAAGAGCGUUGAUUUCAUCUCGUAAUUCAUUAAUCAAAGUAAGAUUGUUGUUUUUAGUUGAUUCAAACUUAGAAGCAAACGAGUUUUUUACUUCCAAAAGUAGGUUUUUAGGCACUGUAUGCAGGGUGACAUCAAAGCUUUUUAACGAAGGAGGGAUGUAUAUAGUGAUGAUGCUAUAAUUUCCAUCUCCGUGACAUUAAUUCUCAUGACUUUACGGUCAGGGUGCACUGCUGAGAGAUUGCGGAAGUUAGCAGCGCGCUCUAGCAACUGGUAUAGUUGGUGCUGUACUUCCUAGCUAACAA